UGGUGGCGGACGCUGUGGGAAACGGAGUAGGAAAGCGAAUUCGAAAAGCCGCGACUCAGCCACUCUCCGCCUGCAGGUAUUUUGACUUUUGUGCCUCAAAACUCAGACUUCUUUCCCACAGCCGUCUUGCAUGGCCGCCCCCUCCCCCCAGCCCCGUCAGCGAAAAUGUGGAGGGCUUGGAAGCGCGUGAUGCGGGACUUCCCGGUCCAGAAGUGAAGAGAAACAGCCCCGGACCCUGACGCCAGCAAGAAGGAGUUACCCUCGGCCGGUGCAGACAGGGCCUGGUGACAGACGCAGAGGGACUCUAACCACCAACUCAGUUUAAGAGCAAGCCAAGAAUGAAGGUUUUCUAUCUCCCAGCCUUUUGGAAAUUUCAGUGGUCAGAUGCCAGGAAUGCAGAUGCAGAUGGGACAGCCAGUUCCAGGAACUGGGCCAAACCUGCUCCCUGGUGGAUACCCAGCAUAUUCUGACAGUUAUUCCUCAGCGGGAGACCCCAUGUGGACAUACUUCACUGCUGUUGCUGGACAGGAUGGUGAAGUGGAUGCUGAGGAACUUCAGAAAUGUUUGACACAGUCUGGAAUUAAUGGAGCUUAUUCUCCCUUCAGCUUGGAAACCUGCAGAAUUAUGAUCGCCAUGUUGGAUAGAGAUUACACAGGAAAAAUGGGAUUUAAUGAAUUCAAGGAACUCUGGGCAGCUCUUAAUGCUUGGAAGCAAAACUUCAUAAUUAUUGAUCAAGACCAGAGUGGCACAGUGGAACAUCAUGAAUUGAAUCAAGCCAUUGCUGCUAUGGGUUAUAGGUUGAGUCCUCAAACACUAACUACUAUUGUCAGACGGUACAGUAAGAAUGGCCGAAUCUUCUUUGAUGAUUAUGUUGCUUGCUGUGUGAAGCUUCGAGCAUUGACAGAUUUCUUUAGGAGAAGAGACCACUUACAACAAGGAGUUGUGAAUUUCAUAUAUGAUGAUUUUUUGCAGGGUACUAUGGCAAUUUGAAUGUCUAGAAUUCAAAAGCUGAAGAAAUACUGUGAAUUUUUUUACCUGGAAGAAAUGAACUGGACUACUUUGAAUUUGAAGCUUUGGGGCUUUUCUGUGUUUCUGCCUAUUAAAUCUGUUCCCUUUCUAUGUGUUUUAACUUUAGUGCACAGUCCAAAGCAAUAAAAGAAAUGUUUUUGUAUUUGGAAUAUUAAUUGCUUUUAGAAAAGUUAUCACUUAACAGAUAUAUGUAUAAUAUUGUAAAAUAUUGGUAUAUGAUGAAUUGAUAUAAAUACCUUUUAACCUUAAUUUUUAACAUUGUUAACCCAGAAGAAUGUACUUACAAGAGAGUAUAUAAGAAGCCAAAUAAUUAAAGUUUAGAUACAGUUAAUGUAUACUUACCAGAAAGUUAAAAAUUAUACUUUGAAAUUUUGUAGCCAUUUAUUGUGUAGGUGAAUAGAAGGAGAAACCUGGAUUUUGUGCCAUUUUUGUAGAAGAGUUUAUUCCUUGAUAACAUAACUCAAGAACAGAAACUCCCUCAUCUUUGUCUAUGAAGAAAGUUCCUCAAAUUUUAUGUUACAUCAUCUUAAGUGCACCAUAAAUUAACCUAUAGAAAGAAGGCUACUGGAGGCAUUUCUUUUUCUUUGUUUUUAUCAGUGCAUUUUUUUUUUCAGUAUGCUUCUUUGUCUUCUGUGGAAAAAAAUUCUUAAUAAACACAACUUUUAUGGCUGCAUUUUUUUUUUUUGUUGUUAAUGACAACAUAGCCUAAAAUGUCAUCUUCCUUUUAAAUCUAGACUUUCUGGAUAUGAUAUAUAUUUUUAACAAAAUGUCAACAUUUGAAUGUAUUCCAUGAAGCUAAAUUGUUUUAUAUAUAUAAUGCCAACUCUUUUUACAAAAUUAAAAAAUCAAGUAACAGAGAUUGUAAGUUUGACUUUCUCAGCUUUGGCUGGGGGUUUAUCAUUAGCAUUCAUAAACUGGUUGUGGUCUGUAGUGUGGGGGGGUACUGACCACAAUAGGCACCACGACCUGUUUUUGUGGCAUUGUUGUGGAAAGCUGCAGAGUGGUCAUCAAAUCCUUAGCAUUUAAGAUCCCCGGUGUCAGCUAUUGUAACUAAUCCAGCUGCUUUCCUGGCAAACAUUCUAAGCCUUUCUUAGUGAAGAUUAAAAAAGCAUGUAUUUUUCUUACACUUUAACUGAAGGUCUUCCAGCUUAAAAUGUGAGUACAAAUUGACAUGAUUUUAAGUGUGGCUGGUGACCAAAUUAAUUAUGCUUUUUAUAAAAUUCUGUUUCUUAAAGGCUGGAAGGCGAAUAGCAGUGUCUUGAAAGAAAACUUUUUACAAACCCACAGAAUUUUAAAUCAACUUUUACUUUUAACAGUCCUGGAAAGGAAGUAUCGGAGAGUCAUUUUGACAUUAUAACUUUAUAUAAUUAGCUGUUAGAUUGAUUUGGUCAGCAGUAUAAAAAUGUGUGAUGAAAUAAUCCAUGUACUUUUGUCCUGGCUAUUAAGUUUUUUUCCAUGAACAUAUAUUUGAUAAUGUGAGAGGGUGUUAACUGAGCCAUUAAACAUAUAUAUAUAUAUAUGUAUAGGAUUCGAAUUAGAAGUCUUGUUGAAAAAACCUAAUGUAAACACACUGAGAUCAUUCAUGUUGAAUAAGGGUGAUAAUAUGACUCAGCAGGCUGGGAUCUUAACAUCCAGCUUACAGGUAAUCCAAUCACUGUACUGUUCUGACCUCUGUUAUAGUUUUUCUUACUUGGAGGCUAAUGGUUGAGGCAAAACUUUAAAAAUGACGUAUGGUAUUCCUCAUACAGGUUUCUGCCAGGUGGCACUUUGUAUUAGAACUCUCUAAACCGUUCUCUAACUCCUCCUCUUCCAAAGGUGUUCCUGUGAAUUUUGGUCAUAGACCUGUGAAGGAGUUUCGAUGACCAAACAUAUUUAGGAAGUUUUCACCCUUUUCAGGGAGCUUGAUAAAGCCUAAGGUACAUAAAAUCCUGUUUACUUUUAAUUACCUAGUUUUUUCCCAAACUUUUUUGACCACAGAACCCUUUUCUCCAGCAAAACUGAUUUUCCAUGCCAGGCCAGUUUACUUGUCAGCCAGUUCUUUUACACUUUCCGUUAAAUAGGUAAUCUUAUUAAACAUUAGCCAUUGAGAAUAUUUUGUUUGGUUUUGUGUACUGAAAUGCGAUUCACUUUUUGAUGCUCUCAAGAUAACUGAUGUAAACAAACAUCCGUUACUAAAGUAAAAAUUAAAUAGUCUGAUGUUGAACAAUGACUGGAAUCUGAAUAUAGCAUCAUAGUUUGUGCUGUUUAACUCACACCCAGUUUUCUUGUAAUGAUGUAAAUUAUUGAAUAAUGUACACUCUUAACAUCUAAGUGCUUUUAUUUAUACAGUAAACGUGUUUCCAUGUCAUUUUGAGAAUUUUUUAAUAAACAUUCAAAUAGCUUGCUGUAAA